GUCUGGGACGCAGCUUGUAAACCUGGGCAUGGUCUCCUUUGGCUAAACGUUUGUUGUUAAUCUUAAAGGCUUUGUGAGAAACAGUACAAGACUCAGACAGAUCUGUUGCCAUGUUGGAUCUUUUAUCAAGCUGUUUUUUCAGGUAAAAGUGUUUUGUUUUUUGCCAUUGGUGCAACAGGAGGGCAUGCAAGGAUGUAUUCUUUCUAAAGAAAACACCUGUCUAUGUUGAAGUUGUAGGCCUUCUGUGAUAACUGUGGUAAAAAGAUUCAAGAUUCCCCAAUCACACUCAGAGAAGAGCAGGAGGCAUGGGAGACAAUAAACCUGGAGGAAUAGUAGCUGCUGCAAAGAACCGUCUGCAAGUGGUGAAGGGCUUGGAGGAUGUGGAGGUGUCUGAGUGUGAGAGCUGCUCCUUCGAGGUGACCCUGAACCUGGCCUAUAUUGAGGGUGUGUGGACCAGAGAUGGGAUGCAGCUUAAGUCCAAGCCCAACUGUCGCAUCAGCACACAUGGGAAGAAACACUCCCUCAUACUGAACCGGGUGGCUUUGGCAGAUGCAGGCCUGUUCUCUUUUCAGGCCAACGGUGUUCAGACCUCAGGCAGACUCAGCGUCACGGCUAGGGACAUCCAGAUAGUGAAGGAGCUGGAGGAUGUUGACACGAUUGAGCGUCAACACGUGAACUUCCUGUGUGAGGUCAACCAGGUUGAUGUGGAUGGUCGGUGGUACAGAGAUGACUGCCGAAUUCGACCUGGGGACAACAUCAAGAUCAGACAUCAGGGUAAAACUCACACCCUGUUCUUCAAGUCAGUCAGGCCAGAACAUGCUGGAGAGAUCAGAUUCACUGCAGAGCGUGUCUCAUCAUAUGCAACUCUCACAGUAAAAGAGCUCCCAGUCCAAAUAGUGCGUCCUCUGAGGGUCAAGAUAGCCAUGUAUCACCACCGGGGUCUGCUGGAGUGCCAUGUAUCACGACCUAAUGCUCAGGUCAGGUGGUACAAGAACAGGAAGGAGCUCCUGCCCAGUAAGAAGUACCAACUAAUCAGCCAAGAUAUCUACAGGCAGCUGACCAUCGAUGACGUCUGCUCUUCAGAUGAGGACACCUACACUUGUGAUGCAGGAGAUGACAAAACCUCUUGUCAGCUUCUGGUGGAGGAGCAGGCUAUCAGCAUAGUGCGGGGGCUGCGCUCAGUGGAGGUGAUGGAGCCAGAGCCAGCACUGUUCCAAGUGGAGACCAGCCUGAAAUCAGGGAGGCCACCCCGGUGGACCCUGAACGGUGAAGUGCUGGAGCCCAGCACAGUAGUGAACAUUGACAGAGAGGGCACCCUCCACAGCCUCUGUCUCACCUCCACAGAAAGCUCCAUGUCUGGCCCUGUUCUCUUUGUAGCUGGCAAGAGUCGUUCCACUGCUCAGCUCACUGUCAAAGAGCGACCCCUUCAGGUUGCCGACCAAUUGGAUGAUGUAGAGGUGAAAGAGAACAGCUCUGUGACUCUGAGCUGUAAGUUUGCCCCCUCUCCCAGGGUGGUGCGGUGGUUUAAAGGUCGUACGGCUCUGAAAACCUCAAACAAGUACAGCAUGAGGAGAGAAGGGAAACGAGCAGAGCUGACUAUUCAUGGCACGACAGCGAUGGAUGCAGGACAGUACCGCUGCAUGGCUGGAGGUUCACAGAGCUCAGCACAUGUUAGGGUAGAAGUGCGAACACUGAAGUUGGUUAAACACCUUGAGCCAGUGGAAAUUGAGGAGGAUGGCAUUGCCACAUUCUCAUGUGAGCUCAACUAUGUGGUUGCCAACAUGGAGUGGCUCCUCAACAAUGUUCGCCUCUAUUCCAACGCCAUCAACAGGAUCCAGCACAUGGGCACUAUGCACAGCCUCACAAUCAAGAAGCUGCGGCCACAGGAGAGCAGGGUCACCUUCAAAGCAGGCCUUCUCUCUGAGACAACCACCUUAAAGGUCAAAGAGCGCCCAGCAGUGUUCCUGAGGUCACUGGAGGAUGUAGUUGGAGAAGAGCAAGGGGAAGUCUGUCUGCAGUGUGAAAUUUCCAAAGAGUCAGUGACCCCUGUUUGGAAAAAGGAUGGCAUUGUUCUGACCGCAGAUGAUAAACACGAGUUACUGCAGUUUGGGAAGUCCAUGGCACUGAUUAUCCGUUCCCUGAGCAAGGAUGAUGCUGGACAGUACAUCUGUGACCUGGGCACCAGCCAGACCAAGGCUAAAGUUACUGUACAUGACUUACACAUCACUAUUGUUCAGCGUAUGAAGACAACAUCUGUCCUGGAAGGCGAAAGCUGCACUUUUGACUGCGAGCUCUCUCAUGAUCUUGAUGAUGAGCCUUCAUGGACCAUCAAUGGCCAGGUGGUGGUCACCAAUAGCCGUAUCCAGGUUAUCAACAAUGGCCGCAAGUAUAAGUUGACCAUUAGAGAUGCUAUGCUGACCGACGCUGGAGACGUGGUGUUCACAGUUAAAGACCUGAGCUGUAGGACCAUGCUCUUUGUUAAAGAAAAGCCAGUGCACAUCUUCAGGGACCUGUUGAAUGUCAAAGCGGUGCCGGGUGAGGAUGCAGAGUUGAGCUGUGAGAUUACCAAACCAGACGUCACCAUACAUUGGCUGAAAAAUGGCCAUUUGAUCAGGCAGAGCCCUAAGUAUGAGAUGAGUGUGGAGAAGAACCUGGCACGAUUGGUUAUCAAGAAUACCACCAUCAGAGACUCUGGAGAUUACUGCUGUGAGGCCGAAGGCGUCGCCUCGCGUGCAAAGCUGGAGAUCAGAGAACUCCAGCACACAUUUGCGAGGGAGUUAAGGGACACACGAGCUGAGGAAAAAGGUAAAGUGACCCUGGAGUGUGAGACCAGGCGGCCAGCCAAGCGAGUGACCUGGCUGAAGGGCAUGGUGGAGCUGAGGUGCGGUAGGAAGUAUGUCAUCAGGCAGAAGGGCGUGGUGCUGUCCCUGACCAUCACCUGUCUGGAGAAGUCGGACACAGAUAUUUACAUAUGUGAUGUUGGUACCAUGCAGAGCCGGGCACAGCUGACUGUGCAGGGUCAGAAGGUGUUGAUCCUGGAUGAAUUGGAAGAUGUUGAGUGUCUCGAGGGCGACACUGUCACAUUCAGGUGUCGAAUUUGUCCCAGUGACUACAUCGGAGUCAAGUGGUAUCUGGACGAGACCCUGCUGUACACCAAUCAGCUCAAUGAGAUCCAGAUGGUGCCUGGAGGCUACCACACGCUCACAUUUAGACAGCUCGCCCGCAAAGACACUGGCACUAUCUCGUUUUCAGCAGGGGACAAACGAUCGUAUGCCUCACUGUUGGUCAGAGAGAGGCGUCCCACCAUCAUUAAAGCACUGGAAGACUGUGAGGCUAUUGAAGGUGGUGGUUUGGUUUUGUCUUGUGUGACCUCAAAGCCAUGUCACAUCCUGUGGUACAAAGAUGGCUGCCUCAUGUGGAACUCCUCAAGGUAUUUUGCCAGUCGUUCCGGCUGUGAGGCUCGGCUGACGAUUCGGGAGGUCUGCAAUAAUGAUGCAGGAGUGUAUGAGUGCAGUGCUGGAUCUGUUACAACUAGAGCCGCGGUAACUGUCAAAGCCAUCCCAGCCGAGUUCACCCACCCUCUAAAGACUGUCGAGGCCAAAGAGGGGGAGACUGUGACCCUGACCUGUGAGUACUCUCUGCCUGGGGUCCAGUUCCACUGGAGGAAAGGUUUUGAGUGUAUCAGGCCUGGAGACAAGUACGUGAUGAAACAGAGGAAGACAAUCAAUUCCCUAACCAUCAAAGCCAUAAAGCCUGAGGACUCAGGAGAAUAUACCUGUCAGUGCAGAGAUCACCACACUACAGCAAGCCUCAAAGUGCAUGCUAUUCCCAUUACAUUUACACAGCACUUAAAGAACAUGCAAGCAGAGGAGGGAAGUAAUGUCAUGUUGCGCUGUGAGCUGUCUAAACCUGGAUUUCCAGUAGAAUGGAGGAAGGGACAUGAGCUGUUGAAAAACGGGGUUAAGUUCCAGAUAAGGAAAAGGGAAACCACCCUGGAGCUCCUGAUAUGGAAGCCAGUGCCUGAAGACAGUGGGGUCUACAGCUGUGUGUGUGCUGAUCAGAUGACAUCUGCCACUGUCAAAAUCACUGCUCUCCCAGUCACCUUCAAGCAGAAGCUGAGGAACGUGCUGAUUGAGGAGGGCAACACUGCGACUUUACGCUGUGAGCUCUCGAAACCUGGUCACAGUGUGGAAUGGAGGAAGAGGGGAAAUGAACUCAUCAGCAAUGGAGAGAAAUAUCACAUGCGGCAGAGAGACAUGCUGAUUGAACUGAAGAUCUUUGAUGUAACACCUGAGGACAGCGAUAUCUACACAUGCAUCUGUAGAAACAUAGAGACCACUGCAACUCUGACUGUUAAUGCUCUUCCUGUCACCUUCAAGCAAAAGCUGAAGAACCUCCAAGUGGAGGAAGGACAUAACAUAACGCUGUACUGUGAGAUCUCUAAACCUGGUGUCCCAGUGGAGUGGAGGCUUGGAGGAGAUCUGUUGGAGAACGGAGACAAGUACCAGAUUAAGCAGAGAGAAUCGGCCCUGGAGUUAAUCAUCAGAGAUGCUGAUCCAGAGGACAGCGGGGUCUACACCUGUGUGUGUAGAGAGCAGAGGACAAAGGCCACUGUAAAAGUUAUCGCUGUUCCUGCCACAUUUAAAGUGAGCCUGAAGAGCCAGGAGGCUGAAGAAGGGAACAGUGUGACAUUACGCUGUGAGCUGUCAAAGAAGGGAGUCCCGGUGCAGUGGCAGAGAGGUGCUCAGGUGCUGUCUGAGGAGAUAUUUCGAGGAAAGUAUCAGAUGAAGCUAGAAGGAAAGACGGCUCAGAUGACCAUUCUCAAUGUCCAACCAGAGGAUGCAGGGAAGUACAGCUGCAUCACAGGAGAUGAGAAAACCACAGCUGAAGUCAAAGUGAAACCACUUCCUGUGACAUUCAAACGAGAGAUCCAGGGCCUGGUCGUGAAAGAAGGGGACAGUGGAGUUUUCUGCUGUGAGCUCUCCAAACCUGGAACUCCAGUGGAGUGGAAGAAAGGCAGAGUGAUCCUGAAGCCUGGAGAGAAAUAUGAGAUGAAGCAGGAGGGACGUCUCACUAAACUGGUCAUCAACAACGUAGAGGAGAGCGAUGCUGGGAAAUACACCUGCAAGACUAAAGACAGCCAAUCAACUGCUGAACUCACUGUCCGAGGUUUACCACCAAGUUUUAAGCUGCCACUGGUCAACCAGGAGGUGACGGAGAGCAACAGUGUGGUUCUGCGCUGUGAGCUGAACAAACCUGCCCCGUCGGUGGAGUGGAGGAGAGAAGGAGAGCUGUUGAAAAAUGGAGACAAAUACCAGAUGAGGAAGAAGGACCUGCAAGUGGAGAUGAAGAUUGCAGACCUCAGUCUGGACGACACUGGAGAUUAUACCUGUAUGUGUGGAGAACAGAAGACAACAGCUACAGUCAUUGUGAAUGAACGGCCCAUCAAAUUCCUUCAAGAACUGAAGAAUAUUCAAGUGCAGGAGGGCAACGGAGUGACACUCUGCUGCGAGCUCUCCAAACCUGGCACUCCAGUGCAGUGGAAGAAGGGAGACGACGUGUUGACCAGCGGAGAGAAAUACCAGAUGAAGCAGAACGGCUCCACACUGGAGCUCCUCAUCAGGAAAAGCCAGCCCGAAGACAGUGGCACAUACAGCUGUGUUUGUGAUGACAUAAAAACUACUGCCACCAUCAUCAUCACUGCGAUCCCGGUAACUUUCAAGCAAAAGUUGAAGAACCAGGAAGCUGUGGAGGAAGGCAGCGUGACACUGCGCUGUGAGCUUUCUAAACCAGGAGUCUCAGUGGAGUGGAGGAAAGACGCUCAACUUCUGAAGGAGGGCGAAAAAUACCAGAUGAAGCAAGAAGGCAGGGUGACUGAGAUGCUGAUCAGACAUUUGACUCUCACAGAUACUGGGGAGUACAGCUGUUUUGUUGGCACUGUUGUGACUUCAGCUGACAUUAAAGUAAGAGCAAUUCCUGUGACAUUUAAACAAGAGGUGGCGAAUUUGGAGGUAAAGGAAGGGGACAGUGGCAUUUUCUGCUGUGAGCUCUCCAAACCUGGAGCUCCAGUGGACUGGAGGAAAGGCAGAGUGAUCCUCAAACCUGGAUACAAAUAUGAGAUGAAACAGGAGGGAUGUUUCACUAAACUGAUCAUCAACAACAUAGAGGAGAGCGAUGCUGGGAAAUACACCUGCAAGACUGACGAUAGCCAAUCAACUGCUGAGCUAAUUGUCAAAGCUCCUCCAAUCACAUUCAAGACAAAGUUAAAGAACCAGCAGGUGGAGGAGGAGAACAGUGUGACGUUGAGGUGUGAGCUGUCUAAACCCGGCCUUGCUGUGGAGUGGAGGAAAGGACAAGAGCUGCUGAAGAAUAAUUUCAAGUACCAGAUUAAAAAUCGAAACAGCAUCAUGGAGCUGACCAUCAAAAACACACAGCUGGAGGACAGUGGUCUUUACAGCUGUAUAUAUGGUGACGUCAAGACCACAGCCAACAUCACCAUUACACCUAUCCCCCUCUCCUUUAAAAUGGGUCUGAAGAACCAGGAGGCCCCUGAAGGAGGAAACGUGAGCCUUCGCUGUGAACUGUCCAGGGCCGGAGUGCCUGUGCAGUGGUGGAAGGCUGAGGAUCAGCUCUAUCAUGGGGGAAGAUAUCAGAUGACCCUGAGAGGGAAGAUAGCUGAGAUGCACAUCAAAAACAUCCAGCCCGAGGACGUCGGGGAGUACAGCUGCAUCUUAGGGGAACAGAAGACAACAGCCGAAGUGAACGUGAGAGCUGCAGCAUCUGUGUUCUUUGAGAAGGAACUGGAAAGCCAAGCAGUGAUGGAGGGGAAAUCUGUGCUGCUGUCUUGUGAAGUUUCCAGUGCUAAUGUCCCUGUGACUUGGAAGAAGGACAACAUUGUGGUGGAGGAAGGAGGGCGAUACAUUUUAAAGAAGAAAGGCCCCACACACACGCUGGAGAUUAAGAAACUGUAUCUGGAGGAUGCUGGAGAGUACUCCUGUAUCUCCAGAGGCAAGAAGACCACUGCCAAGCUGAUCGUGAGGGCUUCCUCUUCCUCCACAGAGCGUGUGCGGAUCGUUACAGAGCUGCAAGGCAUAACGGUGACAGCGGGUGAGGACGCAGAGUUUGUGUGUGAGUUAAGCCAUGCAGACGUGAGUGAAGGGGUCUGGUGGCUUGGCUCCAGCCCUCUGCAGAAGAACGAGAUGAACCAGAUGAUGUGCCAGGGUCGACUGCACCGACUGGUCCUCACCAUGACAACACCUGAGGAGACGGGAACCGUGGCAUUUGUGAUCGGGGAGGAGAGGACCUCUGCACGUCUGCUAGUUGUUCCUAAGCCCAAAGUUUUAUUUGAAGAGAAGCCUAAAGAUGUUGUGAUCAUGGAAGGAGAGACAGCAACUUUGUCCUGCAUGACCUCGGAUUUUACCUCUCCGGUUACCUGGAGGCGCAACCACAUCCCGCUCCGAAAUGGUGAUAAAUAUGAGAUACAUAAGGAAGGAAAAGUCAACCUGUUGCUUAUCCAUGAUGUGGAUCCCCUGGACACUGGCAUAUACUCGUGUGAUACAGGGGAUGUGCAGAGCAGUGCCAAACUUACUGUAACAGAGCUUCCUCCAUUCUUCCAAGAAGAAUUGCAGAGUGUGGAAGUUGAGGAGGGAGGUUCAGCCUCGCUUUACUGUGAGCUGUCUAAACUCGGAGUGCCGAUUCAAUGGAAGAAGAACCGACUGCCACUAAGAGCCAGCAGAAAGUACGAGAUGAGGCAAGAUGGUUGCUUCCUCCAGCUUCACAUCAAGGAGCUCAAGCUUGAGGACAGUGGCAGCUACUCAUGUCAAGCAGGAAGUGCAGAGACCACUGCAGCUGUGUCAGUGAAAGAGCUUCCUCCAUUCUUCAAGAAAGAAUUAAGAAGUGUGGAGGCUGAGGAGGGAGGUGGAGCCUCUCUGUACUGUGAGCUGUCUCAACCUGGGGUAUCAGUGCAAUGGAAGAAGAACAGGCUGCCAUUGAGAGCCAGCAGGAAGUACGAGAUGAAACAAGAUGGCUGCCUCCUUCAGCUGCACAUCAAGGACCUCAAACCUGAGGACAGUGGAAGCUACACAUGUCAAGCAGGAAGUGCAGAGACCACUGCAGUCGUGUCAGUGAAAGAACUCCCGGCAUUUUUCAAAGAAGAAUUGCAGAGCGUGAAGGCUGAGGAGGGAGGUUCAGCUUCUCUGUACUGUGAAUUGUCUAAGUCGGGAGUGUCAGUGCAAUGGAGGAAGAACAAGUUGCCACUGAGAGCAAACAGGAAGUAUGAGAUGAAACAAGAUGGCUGCCUCCUCCAGCUGCACAUCAAGGACCUCAAACCUGAGGACAGUGGCAGCUACACAUGUCAAGCAGGAAGUGCAGAGACCACUGCAACUGUGUCAGUGAAAGAGCUCCCACCAUUUUUCAAAGACGAACUACAGAAUGUGAAAGCCGAGGAAGGGGCUACAGCCUCCCUGUGCUGUGAACUGUCUAAGCCUGGAGUGUCUGUACAAUGGAGGAAGAACAAACUGCCACUGAGAGCUAACAGAAAGUAUGAAAUGAAGCAGGAUGGGUGCCUCAUCCAGCUCCACAUCAAGGAUCUCAAACCUGAGGACAGUGGCACCUACACAUGUCAAGCUGGAAAUGCAGAGACCACUGCAACUGUGUCUGUAAAAGAGCUCCCUCCAUUCUUCAAGAAAGAGUUAGUAAGUGUGGAGGCUGAGGAGGGAGCUACAGCCUCUCUGUACUGUGAGCUGUCUAAGCCUGGAGUGUCAGUGCAAUGGAAGAAGAACAAGCUGCCACUGAGAGCCAGCAGAAAGUAUGAGAUGAAACAAGAUGGCUGCCUCAUCCAGCUCCACAUCAAGGAUCUCAAACCUGAAGACAGUGGAAGCUACACAUGUCAAGCAGAAAGUGCAGAGACCACUGCAGCUGUGACAGUGAAAGAGCUUGCACUAUUCUUCAACAAAGAAUUACAAAGUGUGAAGGCUCAGGAGGGAGCUACAGCCUCCCUUUACUGUGAGCUGUCUAAGCCUGGAGUGUCUGUACAAUGGAGGAAGAACAAGCUGCCACUGAGAGCUAACAGGAAGUAUGAGAUGAAGCAGGAUGGCUGCCUCCUUCAGCUCCACAUCAAGGAUCUCAAACCUGAGGACAAUGGCAGCUACACAUGUCAAGCAGGAAGUGCAGAGACCACUGCAGCUGUGUCAGUGGAAGAGCUCCCACCAUUCUUCAAGGAAGACUUGCGAAGUGUGGAGGUUGAGGAAGGAGCAACAGCCUCCCUGUGCUGUGAGCUGUCUAAGCCUGGAGUGUCAGUGCAAUGGAAGAAGAACAAGCUGCCACUGAGAGCUAACAGCAAGUAUGAGAUCAAGCAGGAUGGCUGCCUCCACCGGCUUCAAAUCAAAGAGCUCAAACUUGAGGACAGUAGCAGCUACACAUGUCAAGCAGGAAGUGCAGAGACCACUGCAACUGUGUCUGUAAAAGAGCUUCCUCCAUUCUUCAAGAAAGACUUGCAAAGUGUGAAGGCUGAGGAAGGAAGUACAGCCUCCCUUUGCUGUGAGCUGUCUAAACCUGGAGUGUCUGUACAAUGGAAGAAGAAUAAGCUGCCACUGAGAGCUAACAGGAAGUAUGAGAUGAAACAAGAUGACUGCCUUCUACAGCUCCACAUCAAGGAUCUCAAACCUGAGGACAGUGGAAGCUACACAUGUCAAGCAGGAAUGGCAGAGACCACUGCAACUGUGACAGUGAAAGAGCUCCCACCAUUCUUCAAGAAAUGCUUGGAAAGUGUGAAGGCUGAGGAGGGAGGUUCAGCCUCUCUGUACUGUGAGUUAUCUAAGCCUGGAGUGUCCAUACAAUGGAAGAAGAACAAGCUGCCACUAAGAGCUAACAGGAAGUACGACAUGAAACAAGUUGGCUGCCUCCUCCAGCUGGACAUCAAAGAGCUCAAACCUGAAGACAGUGGUACCUACACAUGUCAAGCAGGAAGUGCAGAGACCACUGCAGCUGUGACAGUGAAAGAGCUUGCUCCAGUUUUCAACAAAGAAUUACAAAGUAUAGAAGCUGAAGAGGGAGCUACAGCCUCCCUGUGCUGUGAGCUGUCUAAGCCUGGAGUGUCUGUACAAUGGAAGAAGAACAAGCUGCCACUGAGAGCUAACAGCAAGUAUGAGAUCAAGCAGGAUGGCUGCCUCCUCCAGCUCCACAUCAAAGAGCUCAAACCUGAGGACAAUGGCAGUUACACAUGUCAAGCAGGAAGCGCAGAGACUACUGCAGCUGUGUCAGUGAAAGCACUACAACCAACUCCAAAGAUAGAGCCUCCUACAAUAAUGCCUCGAGCAAAGGGCACUGUUUCCAAGCCAACUCCUACUCCAGAGAAUGAGAAGCCUAUUCCUCCAGAGCCCAAAAAGAGAGCUAAUAGGAAAGCAUCUAUUGCAAGUUUAGAAAAAGAUGUGGAGCCAAUGUUUGACCUAAAACAGUCUAUGCUGAGGGAGAAUAAUGAAGACCAAAAGGACAUCCAACUUGCAAGGUUUAUGGAGAAAGAUGUUGCACAGAAUGUAACUCAACUGGAGGGGCACAAGGAGAAAGACACUGAGGUGUACAAGGAGGUUGACAAGACAAUGAGACCUAGGGAGGACUAUGGGGUUGAUAGAGAGGCGGAAGAGCCACCAAUGCCUUUGGAAACAGAGAGAGAAGUUUUCAUGGAGACAAGACUUCAAGGAAGGAAGUUAGAGAGUCACUCAAACAGAAUUCUGGGAGACACUGUACUUGAACAAAAGAAACAGCCACUAAUAUGUCUCGAAAAGGCACAUGAAGUUGAACAGGGGUCAAAACAACUAGGAAAGCCAUCAGAGAAAAGCAGUGAAGUUGAAAGGAAGGAAACCUUUUCAGGAACAGAGCUGUGGAAAAACAGUGUGGAUGAAAAACAGUCUGUGAAACCACUAGAGAAGUUAAUGGGGAAAGAAACAAUGAAGGAACAAGAGAAGUCUACAGUAAAGGUGGGUGAAGUAGACAAAAUAGAAGAGGAACCUUUUAAACCACCAGUAAGAACUAAAGGAAAGGUAACAGGGGGUAAGGAACCACUUAAAUAUGUUCCAAAGGAAACUGAGGAUAUCAGUAUCCAAUCAAUAAAGCCUUCUGUAAAUGAUUCUGAAGAUGACCGUAAACAGAGAGACGAUUUGAAACAGAAAGUGUCUACAGAGGACAAACAGUCACUAGAAAAAACUGAAAAAACUUUAGAAAAAGAGGCUGAAUUCACCCCUCCAAAACCACCUAUAAGGAUAAAAAGCAAAGCAAAGGGGGGAAUGGAAAAGCAAUAUUCAAGGGACACAGAGACAGAUCAGGACGAUCAACAAACGACAAGGGUUGUGGUGAAAACAUCAGAUGCUCAGCCAAUUAAGCAGUCAAUUGGGCCUUUGAAAAAAGAGGUUGAAGUGAAACCAAGAUCCGCGAGGAAACAAUCAGUAACAACAGACUCUGAGAUAGAUGAGAAAAUUAAGCAACCGGUGAAAGCUGCAGAGAAGGGCGCGAACGUCAAACAGCCAUUCAAAAAACCAGUGAAACCCAUGAGGAAAGAACCUGAAGUGGAACAGGAAAUUAAACUGGCGGUUGAGCCAAGGAGAAGGGAGGAAGAACAGCAAAUAAAGAUGACAGAAGAGAUUCCUCUGCUCUACAUUUCUGAAGAUGAAACUUUCUCAGAGGCUUUGACUGAGAUGCCAGCGAUCCUAAGGAAUGUCCAGUCCCCUGGUUCUUCUGUUGACCAAACCUUUACUCUUCCUCCAGUUAUUGUACCCCAGAGGGCCCAACAAGCAAAGGAUGCUACACCAGAGAUUGACAUCAACAUUGAGGAUGAACCACAACUGCAAGAAGCUGCGGUCAAGAUCCAAGCUGCCUUCAAAGGCUACAAAACGCGCAAAGACAUGCGACCUGUCUUUAAAGAGGUGUUUAAGAACCAGAAUGCAGAUCUUCAUAGUACAGUCAGUCUAGUGUGCACUGUAGAGGGAAAACCCAGCGCAGUGCGCUGGCUGAAAAACGGCCAACAAAUCACUAAUGACCAUCGAUUUCGAAUUCAGACUACAGAGAGUGGCGUAUGUACACUGGUAAUCAAAAACCUGACAACCAGUGACAGUGGAAUCUAUACAUGUGAGGUGGUGAAUAAGUUUGGUGUGACCUCCUACAAUGGAAACAUUACCGUAGUACAGCCUCAGAAGCCCACUCCGAUAGUCCAGAAGCCUGUACACCCACCCCUUGCAGCCAUAACUCCUUUGCAACUCGCCCAGCCAAAGCCUGAGGCCCAGGCCAAAACACAGGCUCAGAAUCUUCCUGAGGCUCAAAUCCAGAUACCCACUACAGCUACAGAUGCUGCAAACUAUGUAGAAAGUGUGAGUGUCUCUUUGUGGGAGGCCUACAACAUGACGGAGCAGCAGGAUGCUCCGAAGAGACUGAAAGAGAGGAGAGGAUCUUCAAUCAUUGCUGCCAGCUCAAUGUCGAGUCCCUCUGAUUAUGACACAGCUCCGGAUAUGAUGGAACCUGUUGAGACGGGCCCAGCUGUACCAAGGGAAGUGACAAAAGCAGCAGAGCAAGUUCCUGUAAAAGAUGAUAAGGAACAGAAAGCUCCUCUACAGCCUCCUAAAAAACUACUGAAAAUCAAAGGAGCUCAUGAAGGUAGACUGAGGACACCAUCUCCUAAACACCACCGUGCUCACACACCCUUAACUAGUACUGUUUCUGGAUCUGAGUCAGAUGGAGAAGAAGAUAGACGAGAGACAUUUGAAAUGUAUGUGGCUCGAGCUGACUGCAGUCCCAUCAGUGGAAAUAGGGACAGUUUUAUUCUGAAGGAAGGUCAGUUUAUAGAGGUCCUGGAUUCUGUUCAUCCUGACAGAUGGUUGGUGAGGACCAAACCCACCAAAACCAACCCUGCUCGACAGGGAUGGAUGUGUCCAGCCUACCUGGAGAAGAAGAGAAAGGAGACCCUCCCACAAUUGAGAGCGCCUCAAGAGGAUCUUGAUGGAAUUGGGUCCACAGGAGAAGAGUACAGGAGAGCUCUGAGCCAACUGAUCCAAGGCCUGAUUGAUGGAGAAGAGGAGUUUGUAAAGGAGAUGAAGAUGUUCACCUCUCAACAGCUAAAUUAUUUGGACUCCAGCCACCACAUCCCCAUUAACAUCCUCAACCAAAAAGAGAUCAUUUUCAGGAAUAUCAAGGACAUUGUGUUUUUGCAUGAGAGGUCCCUCCUUCCCGGUCUGAGAGAGUGUGCCACAGACGACGAUGUGGCCAUGCAUCUGAUCAAGCACAAUGAGGACUUUGAGAAGUAUCUUCACUACAUGGUUGGACAAGCACAAGCAGAGGCCUGCCUUAACGACAAGACUAUCCAACUGUAUUUCAAGGAGUUAACAGAAUCUGGUAAGCCUGAGGCUCCUGUCAUGGAUGUCCUUACCUUCCUCCAGCGACCAGUGGAGAGGAUUCAAACCUACCAGGCUUUACUGAAGGAGCUAAUCAAGAACAAAGCCAAAAGUGGCCAGAGCUGCUGUCUUUUGGAGGAUGCCUUCUCCAUGGUGUCCUGUCUACCAUGGAGGUCUGACAACAUGCACCAGGUGUCCCUGAUUGAGAACUACCCAGCUCCUCUAACUGCACUGGGCGAGCCUGUGCGACAGGGAGUCUUCACAGUGUGGGAGGAAACUCCAGAAAUUAAGACGUCCUCUAGAGGGCAUCAGAGACAAGUCUUUCUCUUCAAGGAAUGCAUUGUACUGUGUAAACUGAAAAGAGACACCAGUAUGAACAGUGACACCUACACAUUCAAGAACAAAAUGAAGCUGAAUGAUGUGGAAAUAAAGGAGACUGUGGGUGGAGAUGAAAAGUCUUGGGGGUUGUGGCACGAGCACAGGGGUUCAUUGCGGAGGUACACACUGCAGGGCCGCUCCUCCCUGGUUAAACUCUCAUGGCUGAAAGACCUGAAAGAGCUACAGCAAAUGUCCAGCCUGCCAACUAACAGCCCACCAGUGUUUGAGUCACUGCUGUCUGACUGCACAACAAAGAUAGGACAGACAAUCAAACUAACCUGUAAAGUCACAGGAUCGCCAAAACCAGUGAUCAGCUGGCUCAAAGAUGGCCUUCCUUUAGAGGAUGACCCCCGUCACAUCAUCACAACAGACCGUUCAGGCACCUGCAGUCUCAUUCUGGAUAGUCUCACUGCAGAGGACUCUGGGCAGUAUGCCUGCUAUGCUAACAGCUCCAUGGGUAGUGCUGGCACUCUGGCUAAGGUUGCAGUGCAGGCUCCACCCAGAUUUGUGUGUCGGUUAGAGAGUGCUUGUCUGAUAGAAGGAGAAGAUAUACAGUUUACCUGCUCCACACUGACUACUCCUUUACCACGAAUCAGGUGGUUGAAAGAUGGCAGAGAGUUAACUGACCAGCAAAAGUACUCCAUCCUGAAUGAUGCUCGUAGUGGGAUCUUGUGUCUGACGGUGAUCAGUGCAACCGAGGCAGAUAUCGGACAGUAUGAGUGUGAGCUCUGGAAUGAGUUUGGCUGUGUCAAGUGUAAAGCAGGGCUGUGCCCCGCUUAUGUACUCCCGAUUGAGAUUGAGAACGACCAACCACAGGACUUACCUCCUAAAGAUGCAGACUCAGAGGGCUGGUCCACUGCAUUUGUGAAGAAAUGGUUGCAGACUGAUUUCAGCCCCACUUCUAUUGCAAAGAUGCUCUUCCCUCCCGGACAUCCGGAACAAGCUGAGUGUAGUACUGAAGAGGCUGUUACUGCCUCCACAUCCAUGGGUCAUCCAGAACAGCAGCCUCUGCGUUACCUAGAGGAUGAAGAGGAAGAGAUCUACAUCUCAGAGUCAAUGCAGGAAAUUACAGAUGCUCCUCCCUCCAUCCAAGUACCUGCUGAGGACCUGUGUGUUGAGCCUGGCCAACCAGCUACAUUUACUGCCAUUAUCACAGGAAGACCUACUCCUAAGAUACAGUGGUACAAGGAUGGAGAGCUGCUUGCAGCCAAUGAGAAUGUGGAAAUGAUACAGCAUGGUGCCCGCUGCUCAGCAACCAUAGUGUGCCCUGAGGGUGAGGACAGUGGCAUAUACACCUGCUUCGCCUACAAUGACUCUGGCCAUGCUUCGUGUCAGGCUCAGCUGACAGUGGAUGAAGGUCCACUGGAGCGGCAGGAGAGAGAGGUAGAACUGGGAAAGAGAAGGAAGUUAUUCUCUGUCUAUGAUGUCCACGAGGAAAUGGGAAGGGGAACCUUUGGGGUCGUGAAGCGUGUAGUCCACAGAAGGACAGGUGAAGUGUUUGCUGCCAAGUUUCUGCCAUUGCGGAGCAGCACUCGGACCAGGGCCUUCCAGGAGAGGGACUUGCUAUCCCGUCUGGCUCACCCCAGAGUGGCCUGUCUGCUGGACUUCUUUUGCACCAGACGCACUCUGGUGCUGAUCACAGAAAUGUGCUGUUCUCAUGGACUUCUGGACCAUUUAUUACUGAAAGGAUCAGUCACAGAGAGAGAGGUUCAGUCGUACAUCCAGCAAAUCCUUGAAGGAGUUGGUCACAUUCACAGCAUGAACAUUUUACAUCUGGACAUUAAACCUGAUAAUAUCCUAAUGGUGUAUCCGCCCCGAGAUGAGAUCAAGAUCUGUGACUUUGGCUUCUGCCAAGAAAUAGACACCUCCAGACACCAAUACAGUAUGAUUGGUACACCAGAGUUUGUUGCCCCUGAGAUUGUUCACCUAGAGCCGGUAACUGUGGCCACUGAUAUUUGGUCUGUAGGUGUUAUAGCCUACAUAUGUCUGGUGUGCCGAUGCCCUUUUGCGGGUGAGACGGAUCGUGCUACUCUGCUUAGGGUGGGGGAGGGCACCCUGAACUGGGAUGCCCCUGAUGUCACGUACAGGAGCCCGGAGGCCCAGAACUUUCUCCACAUGCUCCUUCAGCCAGAUCCAGAGAAGCGACCAUCUGCCUUUGAGUGCUUGAGCCACGAAUGGCUUCAGGAUGCACAUGCAGGAGAAGACACAGAUGAAAUAAACACAAGGAGUUUGAAAGCCUUCAUCUCAAAAAGGAAAUGGCAGCGUUCUUUGACUUGUAUUGGGUCAGUUCUCACGUUGAGGCCCCUACCUGAGCUGCUGGACGCUCCUCUCAGAGACACUGCAGUGACAGUACCCCGCGAGCCCCGGGAACACAGCAGCACCUCUAUGAGCAGUGGCUCCUCAUCUGAGUAUGAUGAAGCUGACUCUUGGGACUUUUUCCAGCACUGCAGUCAGACUGAAGAGGAGGAAGAAACCGAGGAGGACUACGAUCCUUUAAUGGAGAGAGCACAGAUCCCCGAGCCUUUUGCCAGACUCCACCUAGAUGCAGAGGAGGAAGAGGAAGUGACAUUAGGGGAGGAAGAGGAUGGGGAGAUGGUAGGAAGGAGGAGUGUACUAGAGCGGAGUCUGAGCAGGCAGUCAGUUGCGUCAUCAGAUAUGUCGUGCCAACAGACACCUCAGAGGGAGCGUAGGUUCAGCAAGGACAGUAGUCCAUCUCUCUACCUAUCUGAUGGGGAUGAGGGUUCGGGAAGUGAUGGAGGUCGUAUCCCUCGAGGUAGCGUCAUUCGGAGCACUUUCUACAGCACCUCCCAUCAGCUGUCACCCAUGUCUGCCAGACACAUGACAUUACGGGACAAAUUCCAGGCCAAAAAGCAGGAGAGAGGCCGUAAACCACUCCGGAGAAGCUUUUCAGGACGUCUCAAUGAGCCUCUUAUUGAAUAUGUGGAGGAUGAGACAGAGACCAAUCGUGGCCAGAGACGGGGAUCUGUCCAGCCUACCAUGCAGAAGUCCUGUUCCUUUGACAGUGGCGUUGGCCUCGCCCACACCAAUGUACCCCCUCACAGGAGGAGCAGGUCUCUUGAUGAGUAUUCUCGUCGAUCUCCCAGCUCACCCAAACGCACAAAGUCAGGUGAAGAAGAAGGCUCUCAAAGUCUGAAGGAAGAUUUCACAGAUGAUGAAGUGGCGGGGAGAAACUCACUGGCCAUCCCGACCCCUCGGCGACCCACAAGGAGAAGAGGCUCUGUCGCUGCGAUACAAGGGGCCUGCAUGCUGGGUGGAUCAACUGUUCCCUCAAGCCUCCUUGCUGGAGACAGAAUGGGGCUGGAUCGGGAGCAGACACAUGGCGACACAUUGGCUGGCUCCCAGGGUUCUCUGGCCGAAUCGUCUAUUUUGGGGCAUGGUGGCUCAGACUCUUCAAGUAGACUCGGCUCCUGUGAGGAGCUUACUCGGGGUCAUCUCAGAGGAAGGUCAGGAGAGAGUGAAGGAUAUGAUGAUCGGGGGGAGCCUCUGAUUUCACCAUCCCCAUGUUCUUUCCACGAAGUGAAACCCAGAAGCUCGUUUCCCCAGGCACCACCGCGUAACCGUACCCGCUCCAACCCCAACUUAUCUGGCAGAGGUCAACCAGGGACUCCAUUAACAGCGAGCCCCAGUCCCAGCCUCUCUUCUCUUCAGGCUCCAGAGAGGCCGCCCAGGGCCAGGGACAAGAAGGAGGGCUAUGGCCUCCAGAGGCAUGCAUCUGCUCCAGCCCUCGAAGCCCGGCCACCUACGGGAAAGUCACCUAAGCUGGGACUGCUGAAGAUCUUCCGCAGGCAGUCCUGGACCGGCCAUUCGUACUCCCAGCUGGAGAACGCAGAGUUAGGACCCACGCUAGGAGAGAUCAUGAAGCCAGAUACCCCCACCAUGUCUCUGAGGAAGAAAAUGAGAGCUUCAGCCUCCAGCUUGACCAAACUGUUUUCCAGGUCUUCUAGUAAGGAGGAUGUUAGUAAAGGAGGACCAAUAGUAAAAGGAUCAGCUCCCGUCCCACCUGAAAGAGAGUGUAGCACUGGUCUUGAGAGUCCAAAAAAGAGAACAUCCAAACUCUUGCCUUCUUUUAAAAUACCCACAUUCAAGAAGACAAAAGAUGUGCCGGUCCGUCCCAACAAAGCUGAAGUGCUCCAGUUAGAGGGAGGUGGAGUCCUACUGGUUUGGAGACCAGUCCAGUCUAGCGACCCUGUCACCUACUGUGUGCAGUAUUGUACAGAUGGUGGGCAAUGGACGGUCCUGUCAGAGGAGGUGACAGACAGCUGCUAUGUGGUGAAGGAUUUACCCAGAGGAGCUUCUUAUGUGUUCAGGGUGGGCUGCAUCACCAAGACAGGAGCAGGACCUUUCAGUGAAGCAUCAGCACCUGUUGUUAUGGCUACUCAUCCUGAAGAGACUCACAUUCCUCUCAUCCAGACUAAGUCACUGGGGUCAAAGGUCAUUGGCUCUGAGCAACAGACAACACAGAAGAACUACAGUUUCCUCUCUGAGAUCAACAGGGGUCGUUUCAGUGUAAUAACCCUGUGCAGGGAUGUUGAGACCAGCCAAGUGUUUGCUGCCAAGAUCACCCCUUACCAGGCACAGCAGAGACAGUUAGUGCUGAGGGAAUACCAGCUGCUGAGGAGGCUUCAUCAUCCCCACCUGGUGCAGCUGCACACUGCCUACAUCACCACCUGCUACCUGGUGUUAGUGGAGGAGCUCUGUCCGGGCAAGGAGCUGCUCUACAGUCUAGCAGUGAGAGAUCUGUACGCAGAGACUCAUGUCGCAGAGCUGCUGGUUCAGAUUCUGAGUGCAGUCGACUACCUUCACAGCCGUCGGGUCAUCCACCUGGACCUGAAGUCUGACAACAUGCUGGUUGAUGACUGUAACCACCUGAAGCUAGUUGACCUGGGCUCGGCUCAGUCCUUCACACCCGGUCAACCUCUCAACAUCGAGCACAUCCAUGGCCUGUCAGAGAGCAAAGACUGCCGCAGCAAAGUUUAUAUUGUGCUUCCUAAAGCUCCGGAAAUCCUGGAAGGUCAGGGUGUCGGGCCUGAGACUGACGUCUGGGCUAUUGGAGUUCUCUUAUUCAUCAUGCUGAGUGCCGACAGCCCGUUCCAUGCAGAGCUCAGCUGGGAGCAAGACAGGAAUAUCAAAAAAGGGAAGAUUCAGUUUGGACGCUGUUACCCCGGUCUGUCAGAGGGAGCCUUAAACUUCAUGAAGAGCAGCCUGAAUAAUAAAUCCUGGGGGAGACCCACUGCUGCCGAGUGUCUCCAGAACCCAUGGCUGCGUGGCCAUCGUGCCCCACACAAAGGCCGACACUCCAAAGUGUGUUUCUCCACAGACAAGCUUAAAGAAUACCUCAAGCAGAAGGAGGAGAAACGAGACCAGGUCCGCACCAAGCUUCAAGGUCCCUUCUUCCAGUAAGGCAACACUGUGGGGGGUUUCUUCCACCAACUUUGCAGCUUUAUAACCAGCACAUUUAAUUUCAGCUGAAUGUUUCCUGUGUGGCUCUUUUCUGGCUAGCUGGAGCCAGGUCAGAUUUUUAAAUCAUUUUAGAAUCCAUCAAUUUUGAAAAUGUGAUGCGUCUUAAUGAGUUUUCAGAGUGUUUCAAAGCGUAUUUAUCUGUUUGUAUAUGUGAGUGUGCUGCAUUUUUUGCGCUUUGGUUUAAAUGGAAACAUAUCAGGGAUAAGGUUUAGUCUAUGAGUUGUAAAAGAGAAACUGUUGCUUUGCACCUCAGUAUCAGACAGAUGCACGUUUGGCCUUAAAGUGAAAACUAUUUUCUGUUUCUUCUUCACACAGAAAGCAGAUAUUUUUCUGAGUGAUAUAUUUUAUUUUGAAAUGUACACGUUUUGCCUUAAAGAUGCAAUGUAUAAAUGGGAACUUGAUUGGAUUUACAGGUUUUAUUAGAUGCUUUUAAGUUUCAUAAUACUUAAUACUUAUAUUAUAAGUUAGUGAAUGAAAGAUUAAUUAAAUGGCACAAAAGUGGUCAGUCAUUGUCCUCACA